UAACACAUUGUAAAACGAAUCCGCCCACUCAUUUCAAUUCUCCAAUGAGAAAGCACCACAUACACGUCUGGAAAAUCAAAGAAAUAUUUUAUUUAUUGACUCGAGCUUGAUAAUGUUUGACGCAAUCGUUUGUUACGCGCUACGGGAAAUAUAUCGCAGAAAAGUGCUCUAGCAAGCGGUGAAUAAAAAUAUUCAAAGUUAGCAUGACAUCGUUAAGACAAUAAAUCAAGAGCAGUGUGUGGUGAAUGUGUGUAUGUUUUAAAUUUAUGAUAAGAAGUUCAAAGUAAAAAUGAGUGCACCGAUAAUUAUCACGGUACCAAAUAACUACUUGGCGGUGGAUGAAGUGGACUCCAAGGACGUGAUGGAUGACAUAGCUACGCCACCACCAUCGAGGAAACGGCGGCUGGAUCAUCUAACAUGGGAGGAAAAGAUGCAAAGGAAGAAGCUGAAAAAUCGCGUGGCGGCACAGACAUCGCGCGACAGAAAGAAGGCCAAAAUGGACGAGAUGGAAUUUCAGAUUAAAAAGUUGAUGGAAUCCAACGAGAGACUAACGAACGAGGUGUCGAGCUUAAAAGCUUUGAACGAGCGUUUGUUGAGUGAGAACGCUUCGCUACGCAGCGAGGCAGCGGCGCGGAACGUCGCGGGGGCCCAGGGACCAGCAGAGUCUACUCCUCAGCAGCAGGAGGGGCCCCCGACGGCGAUCCGCGCGGCGCGCCUGCUACUAGCGAUGUGCCUACUCUCACAGACCUCCUUGCACACUUCGACUCAGAAGAGUAUCUCGACACCCUCCAUCAACUUGCAGACUCCCUCCUCAAAGAAAUUGAUGCAGGUGCUGCAGGAGCGUCUGAAGAUACCAAUGCUAAAAACAGUCGGUGUUGACAUUACAUGCCCUGUCUCAGUCCGGAUCCCUGGAGAGUGCCCUAAAGGAGUUGAAGUGGUGGGGUCCACAGCAAAGCACCUGGAAUCCAGUGAAGGUGCAGUCGUAGACCUCAAGCACGACGUCAACAGGAUACUGUCACAACACUCAUAUGCACAUCCCUACAUACCCGAUGUGAUUGUCACUAAACCAGAAGAAACAGUACAAAUUAAAGAAGAAAUAGGAAACGACAAAGGGGACAUAUUUUACACCAGCGUCGAUGACGCCAACGACUGCAUCACUGUCGAAGUGCCUUGCGAUGAACAAAUUGUGGAAGAGGUGACCGCAACCCAAACUGAGAUGGAUACAAAUUCCAUGACAGAUGUUUCUGGAAUAUCUCUAGAUUGUGAUCUCAAAAUGUUUUCACCAUUGAGUCUUUCUCCUAAUGUGGCCGAAGAGAAUGUAUUACUGUCGCCCUCCCACACCAGUAUAUCGGAUCUUGGUUAUGAAUCAUUAUCCUCGCCUCUCAGUGAGUCUGAGUCUAUGGACCUUUCAGAUUUUUGGUGUGAAUCAUUUUCAGAAUUAUUUCCAGGAUUAGCUUAAAGGAGCAAUUCUGCAUUUUUCUCACCAAAGACUGACUAAUUAUAGAUAUUUUUAAUUUAAGAAUAAUUUGUAACUGGUUAAUAUAUGUUUUAAUUAUGUAGGGAUAUGUAAAUAGUGUUGUAAAUAAAUAUGUAUUCUGUGAAUCAAAUAA